CGUCGAAAAGCGUACUUAUUCUAGACAAUUUUUCGCAUUUAUAUCCUAGUUUGUAAUGUUUUUGCUUCCAAAACUUGGUUUUCCAGCAUGAGUCGUAUUCAGUGGCGUUUACGCGAGCUUCCUAAAACGAUCAGUCAAACCAUACGGUUUCGCUGGCAAUAUGGGAAACAGUGCAUUCGGUCGCUCACCUACAAUCACCACAUGAACCAAUCGUAUGCAUCCGAUGUGUGCAUGGAGCCGAUAUUUUGGUUCGUUGACAAUUUCACCCAUCUCCUAGGGCCGUUCUUUGUAUUUGCCGUCAUUUGCCUGACGACUGCCGUGGUUGUGAUAUGCUACUGGAUCGGACUACCGUAUUGGUGGAACAGGAAUCGCUACAUGACCGUUUUCCUCAUGACGGUGGGACACUGGCUGCUACUGAACGUGGCAUACAAUUUUUAUAUGGCAGCUUCCACUUCACCGGGAUAUCCGCCAGAGAAGGAACUGAUCGCAGAAGCUGUUAGCAUAUGUAAGAAAUGCAUUUCUCCAAAACCUCCACGAACGCACCAUUGCUCGGUGUGCAAUCGCUGCGUGCUUAAAAUGGACCACCAUUGUCCAUGGCUGAACAACUGUGUUGGGUACAACAAUCACCGAUAUUUUUUCCUCUACAUGCUGUACACGUCGAUCGGAACGCUCUUCAUCAUAGCCUUCGGGUUCGAGCUAGGUUAUGGUGUAUUGUUCCUCGACGAAGGUGGUUGGAAGGAGGUGGAACCAUUGCAGGGUCAUCCGGUGCGGUUCAAUCUCUCGGGGCACAUCAUUCCAGUGACUGAAAUGAACGACUACGAAAAUGAUGGCAUGGCACCGGCCAAACACGACCUGCCGGUGCCGCAGGCGCACCCUCGUCCAGAAACCCUUCGCGGUGUCAUACUGUUUAUGGCGCUCAUCAACGUAGCGACACUGUUUGCCCUCGGUGCGCUGACGUCAUGGCACAGCACGCUGAUAACGCGCGGCGAAACCAGCAUCGAGGCGCACAUCAACAAGUCCGAAACGAAGCGUCUGGCCGCGUUGGACAAAGUGUACCGAAACCCGUACGAUUUCGGACCACGCCAGAACUGGCAGCUAUUCCUUGGGCUGACCCGUAAGCGAACCUGGUGGCGUCACGUGCUACUGCCAUCGUCGCACAAACCGGAGGGGAACGGACUGACAUGGUUCACCUAUGAACAGACGGUCGACGCAGGUGACGAGUGGCCGUAAUGUGGCAGCUGUUUCGAAACGACCGACGAACUAGUCAUUUUCAAUCGAAAUGAAAUGCUCAGUACUCAAAGUAAGUAGCUGCAUUAUUUUAUUUCAAUAAACCUCAUUACUACAUUCCGUCAACUUAAUAACUGGUGU